CGUCAGCCCGGGGUGAGUAGACCUGCUCCUAUUGGCCGCUGACGCUGCCCGUCAGUGGGGGGAGGUUGGGCGCGGGACCUGGAGGUCGCCGGUCACGUGAGGAGGGCCGGUUAGCUGUGGCGAUCAAAGAUCCGAUAGGAUGUUUGGUGGCGAUCGAUAGGAAGAAGCGUCCUCUCAGUGCCCGGAGCUCAGGGUUUAGGAGCUGUUGCUGUGGACGGAGAGACGGGAUCUUGAGCGGCCAUUGAAGGCAGCCAGGGUGCCAGUGAGCCCCUCUCCCAUCUGCUCGGUUGCGGGCUGAGCUUCGGUAGAGGACCACAUGACGGGGCACAACAUGGAGAAAAGUUAUGAGUGCGACGUGUGUGGCAUGGCCUGGCCAUACCCGAGCCACCUGGAGGUCCACCGGCGAGUGCACACGGGAGAACGCCCCUUCGACUGCUCAGAGUGCGGCAAGAACUUCACCCGCUACAACAACCUGCUGCGGCACAACCGUGUGCACUCCGGCGAGAGGCCCUUCACCUGCUCCGACUGUGGCAAGAGCUUCAAGACGACGAAUGAGCUGAAGAUCCACCGACGGGUGCAUACCGGCGAGAAGCCCUAUGGCUGCACCACCUGUGGCAAGUGCUUUGCCUGGUUUUCGGGGCUGCGGGCGCACCAGCAGGUGCACAACAGUGAGCGGCCCUUCACCUGCUCCGACUGCGGCAAAGGCUUCAAGUCGUCCACGGAUCUGAAAGUGCACAGGCGCCUACACACUGGAGAGCGGCCCUACACCUGCAGCAACUGCGGCAAGGGCUUCACCCGCUCCAACAGCCUGCUGGGGCACCAACGCACCCACACCGGCGAGCGCCCCUACACCUGCGCCCAGUGCGGUAAGGGCUUCACACGGUCGACCAAGCUGCUGUCCCACUUGCAGAUGCACGCUGGCGACCGUCCCUUCCCCAGCCCAGUGUGUGGAGAGCACUUUGCCAUAGCUUCCCAUGCCCUGUCUCACCAGCGCGUGCACACCAGUGGCCAGCCCUAUGACUGCCCGUACUGCGGUGAGGCGUUUGACAGCUUACAGGGGUUGCGGCAGCACCAGCGGGUCCAUGCUGGUGAGCGGCCGCACCCACAGCGGCAAGCGUUUCAAGAGCGCACGGGGGCUGCGGGAGCACCAGCGGAUGCACAGGCCACGAUGGAGAAGGUGAAGACAGACUCUACGAUGGCAAUAUAAAAAUGGACCAUCA